AUGCUAAUCCAGGUUGAUUCUGUCCUGUAUAUUUCCAGUCACCUUAUUUUAGCCGGUCAACAGAAGCUCAGUCGACCAAGGUCUCUGACUACCUCAGCUGUUCACUUGUCCGGAUCUGGAGUUGACUGGCCGCCCUCUGAUGGCACUCAAGUUGCUCAUGCAAAGCGGCCAGGAGACCAAAAUUCGGAUUCGGUCUCGGCCCAUUGCAUGGAUUCCGAUUUCAAGGUGUCCUUUCCCUCUGCCGAAAUCUCACCCUCCGCUCCAGCUUCCUUACCCGCCGUUGACGAUACCUCGCCUGAAGACUCCUUACUUCGACCUCCAGUGCCCUUUAGGCCACCGUCCCUUACUUUAGCGUCUCCUUCGUCUACUUCGGGACUGAGCCCAACGUCUCCUUCGUCUACUUCGGGACUGAGCCCAAGUGGUCUCCUCGCAUCUUCGGCUAUGGCCAUCUCUGCAAACGCAUUGAUGGGUCCAUCACCACGCAGCAUUCCCUCUUCUCCUAUUAGUCUGGCCUCAUCUUCGACGCCUGGAAUGAUGGCCUCUAUUGUAGUGCAGUCUAGUGUUUCGAGUGGAAGGCCGCCCGAGUUACCUCCGCGAAAGUCCAGCACCGCAUCAACGAAUGGCAUGCUGCUCAGCCAACCCUCGAGUGUACAUAAAACAUCAAAGGUAAGCAUUUAG